AUACUUUGGGAAUCAAAGAUAUAUAAAGUUGUAUUUUUUUACAACAUGAAAUAUGUGCAUCUUGGAAUGUAUAACUAGUCGUCAGUCUGUUGGUAAAUCAUGGUGAUAGGAAAAUGACCACGCAAGGUAAUAUCGAGAAGCGAAGCCCUGCAGACUUUUUGAAACAAGUUGUUGGAAAACCAGUGGUGGUAAAACUCAACUCUGGAGUGGAAUAUAAAGGAGUACUUGCUUGUCUAGAUGGAUAUAUGAAUAUUGCGAUGGAACAAACGGAAGAGCACGUCGGUACACAGUUGAAAAAUAAGUACGGAGAUACGUUCAUUCGGGGUAAUAACGUACUCUAUAUUGCGGCGCAAAAGAAAGGCAAACAAAGAAAAGUUGGGUGAAAAGAAAGAGGUACUCGGGAAAUGCUACUUGCCUUGAUCGUCACCCUUUGAUUUUGAA